GUCUCGUCUCGGUGUUUUCGUCGAUGCCGUACUCCGAAAAAGUAGCAGAAAAAGUGGAGUCGAAAAACAAUCGCAUCUGGUGUGGUGUGGUUCGGCGAGCGAAAAAAAAUAUGAUAAAGGAUAGAUGAUAGUUGGAAGUUGCAAAAUAACUAUAAAAUGAUUGAAGCAAGAUGAAAAAGAUUUAUAAUAUCGGUGCGGACAUCAGGUCAGGCGAUGGCCUCGAGACUACCAGACGCUUGUACAGAAAUAUAACUGAGAUUGCCAAAAAGUUGGAAGAACAGAAAAGUAGAGCAUUGACUGUUAUUGAUGUUUUUACACCAUCCGGGGAAGCUUUGAGAUCCAAAUUGAGAGAUUAUUGCGAAAGAUUAAUAAUCGACGAUCCUGUCAACCAUGUCCAAAAAACAGAAGAGCUUCUUUGGAGAAGAGGUUUUUAUGACAUUGUGUCGAUCGCAAAAAAAUUGCGCAAAGAAAAUGUAUGGAAUGAAACGGAGAAAGCCUUUUUAUCAGCACAUCUUUCGGUUGGAGUGGGAUUUUACCAUCAUUUGAUUUUGCGCUUGCAGUUAGAAUUUGAAUUGGAAUUGACAAGCAUCAUAGAUUUCGCAUACCCUAGUAAAAAAGGGUUAAUUCAAAUGGAAAAAAGUCUGAGUUCCAAAAAGGUACACUCUACUGAUGCAAAAAAAUGCGUCUCUCAUUUCAUUCACAGGAGUUUGAUUUGUCUUGGAGACUUGGCACGUUACAGAUUGGAUCUUGAUCCUAGUUGGGACCCUCAGAUAGCAACGAGAUAUUAUAAAAUGGCAAUUGUUCUCAACACGAAAUAUGGAAUGCCACACAAUCAGUUGGGUACUGUUGCUAGUAAUAAAAAUUACGGCCUUGAUGCUGUAUACUAUUACAUGAGAAGUCUUUUAUGUGCUGAACCAUUUGAGUUAGCAGAAGGUAAUUUAAAAAGGACAAUUAUAGUUCAUUCUUUAAAUGGCAAAGAAAAAUGUUCAACACACUCUUGUGUAGCAAGGUUACUGUUAUUGCUGCAGUUGUGGGAUAAUAGUUCAACAAAUAUUGAUAAGAUAAAUGAGGAAUCACAGAUACUCUUACGCGAUAUAGAAAACUGUUUGAAUGUCGAGAAAUGCAAAAAUACUAAUCAUGAAGCUGCAGAAAAUGAGGACAGUAUUGAGAAAUACUUAUCACAUUACAAAGUUGAAGAAACUAACUAUUUAAAUGACGAUAUGAUGUUCAAAGUGAUUGUCAUUUGUUUAAUGAAAAUAUUUAAAUUACAACAAAAGACUCCGACUGAAGUUCAUGGAGUUAUUGCUUUGCUUUUAGCAGUAUUUUCCCAAUUAUUGCAGUUUGUUACAAUAAGAUUACAAGAAUCUCUUUUAGACAUGUCCAUUGCAGAAGUUGAAUGCAAUGGAACAGAUAAUGCCAAAGAAAUCAUUGAAAAUGAAAAUACUAUUGAAAAUACCGAAAAAACUGAUAACGAAAAGAGUAUAGAAUUCAAAAACUCACUUGAUUGUGAUCCUAAGACUCCUAAAGAAAAUAAUGGAAAAUUCGAAGUAAAUGGCAACUACAAAAAGAAGAAAUCAAAGAAUCUUCUGACAAAACUGCGAAGACCGCGAAUUCGCAGGAACAGUUCGGAUUCUGAUGCUAGUGAUGGAGAAGGAAUGGCGGCUGGAUCAUCUAGUGAAGAUUUGAAUUCCGACAUCACGGAAAAUGAAGAAGAUGUUAUUAGUGACGAUAAUGCUUUAUCCGAAGACGAGGUGAUGUCUGAAGAUGUUUCAGAAGAUGAGGCGUCUUUAAAUAAGAAAGACACCAAAGACGAGGAUAAUAUCAAUGGAAAAGCUGUCAUAGAGGAAAAGUUUGUUCAAGAAAAUGAAAAUGAAAAUGAUAAAGAUGAUGAAAACAAAUGUGGAAUUAACGAAUCAAAUUUGAAAAAUUCUAACAAUUUAACGAACUUUAAUAAUUCCUAUGACGAAAAUAACACUGUGGCAAACAAAACACUUGCAUGUGUUGCGCAAAAAGAAAAACAAAAGUUGGAUCUCAUUAAAGUUUUACAAGUUUUAGCUGAAGAAAAAAUGUUAGUAUCCAUCAAAGUUUGUUGUGACUGGUUGCAAGGGAAUCAAAAUAUUAUAAAAACUUGUGCUAGAGGCUCGAAGUCCUUAUUGGAACGAUUAAUUACGCUGUUCAAUUUAAUAAACCUCGAUAGUCAGGAGCUUUUGAACAAAUGGGACCAAGACUUGGAGAUAUUCUCGUGUAUGGCGAAAGUCAAGGAAGUAGCUGAUAUAACUCCUUUACCGGAAGACAUUGAUUUGAGAGGUCUUAAAUUUUUUGAAGACACUCACAAAGGUAUCGACUGGGAUGUAGUGAGAAGGAAAAAAAUUACAAAUACCGAAGAAACAUUGUUAAGAGCUCUAAAAAUAGUAAAGUUUGGUCACUAUUUAAGCUCGAUUCAAGAAUCAGGAAUUAUUUUUGACAGCAAUAAGGGUUUAUUUAUUGAAUCCAAACUGGACAGUCCAAAAGCUAAGGAAAAUCAAAGUGAUGCCAAGAAUUUGGAAUUAGAAUUGGAUCAUUCUAAGGGAAAAAUGAUGAGGCACAUGGGUAAAUUAUGGCUUAAAGCAGAAGUUCACGCUUUAGAAAAUCGCUUGUAUCACAGAUUAAUGUCGCCAUACUUGGUUCCUGAUCAUGAAGCUUUUUCAAGAUUUAUGCCCGUUAUAAAGCAUUUGGUUUACGCUAAAAAGUUUAUUGUUGUCGUUCCAUCAAUUGUGAUUUCUGCACUGGAUGAAAUGAAAAGAAUGAGCAGUCAUGCCAGAGAAGCAACCAGGUGGCUAGAAACUCAAUUGCAACGUGGAUCACGAUUUUUAAGAGCGCAAAGACCUCACGAAAAAUUGCCAUUACCAUUUAUCAAAGGCCCUAAGCCUAAAGACAAAGAAGCUUGGCUUUACUUUCACAUAGUUGAGUGUUGUCAUUACCUCACUCAACAGAGCCAAAGUGGCGGCACUGAAAUUCCAGUUGUUACAUUACUAACAGGAAUUGACGACAAAAAGACGUUUACUUUCAGUCCAGAUGCUCUAGCUAAAAGUGCUGGUGUAAAUUUCGAACACAUUGGUGCUUUUCAUGCCAAAUGGAAACUAUCUAUCAAGAGCCAUGGUUGAAGGAAAAAGAACAUACAAAAGUACUGAUAUCCGAAGUUCCGUCGAGUUAACAAAUUAAAAAAAAAAAAAAAAAAAAACUCGAUUAGAAGCUACACCAUAAAGUCAAGAUAGGCUUAAUCUGGUGACCAAGGGGUUGGAAACCCUGGAAGAUAAAUAAUUCGAUCCAAAGUACGCAUGCAUUUUUGCGUUUAA